GGUACUGCCACUGGCGAGUAGCAACUGGCGUGAGUAGAACGAAGUUGCUUGGUAACUUUUCAGUCAAAACAAAGCCUGCUUGGUUAAGAGUAAGACAACGUUUUGUUCGCGGAUUUACCUUGUGCAGUACAGUGUUUUAUCGAUACCAUCUAUUAACCUAAAAAUACAUUCAUACAAAAAAGAAAUAUCAAAAAAAAAAAGAAACGCUCUACUGUGUUACUCUGUGAUGCAAUACGUUUCCCAAAAUUCCCUUUAACAAAGAAAAUUGUAAGGAAUAAAGUCUUAUACUUUUGCUAUUUUUAUUGUGACAGUGACUAACCCGUCCAUCCAUUGUUUCUAAACCACCAACAACAACAAAAAAAAAUAUAUCUCAUACAAAUUUUUACCUUCAUUCUAUGACCUCUCAUUAUUAUUUUAUUGUUUCGCUUUUUUAACAAAAUUGCUAACAAAAAGAAAAUAAAGUUUUAUACCAUCGCAUAAAAUGUAUCUAGAUACAACAUAGUGUAUCUGCUGUCUGUUAAAAUAAAAAUAUUAAGCAACCAAAGAUGUUAUAUUUAACAUUUCAUCAAAGUAUAUAGUUAAUUAAUUAUUAUUCUUAAUGCAAAUGCUUAAAAAAAAGUGAUUGAAGCCAGUGCAAUACUAAUUUUUGUAUUGAUGAGUUUUAAUAUUAGUUGAUUCAAUCACACGUAUGUCUUAUUCAAGUAUUAUGAAUAAGCAAAAUCAUUUAAUGAAUAUAAGUAAUCAAAGCACGAGUUCGAUAAAUUUAGAGGAUUAUAUUUUGGAUAUGGAGGCCCGAUCAACAUUAGUUGGCCAGAAAGCUGAUGGCGAUAUUUGGAGCCAGUUACAGCAAAAGGAAGCGGAUAUACUCUUAGCUGCAGAACUGGGCAAGGCAUUGUUGGAGAAAAAUGAAGAGCUGGUUAAACAGCAAGAAAAACUGAUAGAAGAUUAUUCUCAAAAGCUUGAGAAAUUGGAACAAGAAAAACAUGUUUUGCGGCAAAAAUUAGCGAUUGCAGAAGAAGAAAGCGAUCAACGAGUUUUGGAACUACAAUCUGACUUAAAUGAAUUAAAAGAUAAAUUGCAAGCACAAGAAAAUGCAAUUCGACAAGCAGAAAAAGAGAAAACAAUUCUCAUUGACGAGUUAUCAAAUCAAAAUUCUAGACUUACGGAGCAGAUUCAAGAAGCACAUUCAACAGAAGCCAAACUCAUUGCACAAAUUCAACAGCUCAAAGACCAAUACAAUUACAGAAACUCUAGCUUACAAGAGCAUGUGAAUAGCUUAGAGUCCAUCAAGAGUGAAUUGAAUUUGACAACUGAGAAGCGUUUGGAUCUUGAAAGACGCUUACAAUAUGUUCAGGAAGAAAAAGAAUCACUUACAUCUGCUUUGGAAGAAGCAUCCGAUAGGAUACACAUGCUUGAGAGACAUGCUCGAGAGCAGGAGACUAAACUUGAAACCACUUUGCAAGCCCUUGAACGAUCACAAAGGGAAAACAAUGUCCUUACUGAACGUCUAGGUACAGAUGGUAUAUCAAGCAGUUCAAAUAGUUCACAUGGCAAAAAAUCGUUGCAAUUUGAAAUGGAAUGUGAUGAUGAUAUGAACGAUCUAAGUUAUUCAGAGAAGCCAAAUCAGAUGUGGGUUGAGGCACGCUCUGUAUUCAUUCAACUUAAAACGCUUGUUGAUUCGUUGAAAAUAAGUGAUGAAGAAGAUUCAGGCCUUCAUUCAGACAUAUCAUUGGAGUCAAUGGACACUACGCUCUCAACGUUUAAAUCCGAAGGAGAAACCGAUUUUCGUCAAGGCAUGCUCUCGGCUAUUGCAGAUGAGUUAACACGACUUUUACUUAAUUUAGACGCUGGAAACUUUAAAAAAAUGUUGGAUCAAACGAGAAACAUUGUUCUAGAACAGGACGAUGAAAUCAAGAAAAAUCAAAGCAUUAUCAAAGAGCUUGAAUCUAAGCUUACUGUGGCUGAUGUUGAGUUGACUAAUGUCAAAGAGGAACGCGAUCAGGCUCGCGGAGACCUUUCUGAAAAUGGUGAUCGUGAUGAGAUACUUGCAAAAGCACAAAAAGAUCGUGAUGCAGCUAAUACAAAAAGAACGAAAGCUGAAGUUGACUUGGCUAAGGCGAGAGUUGAUCUAAUGCAGGCAAAUAGUCAGCUAUUGGAAGCAAUUCAGCAAAAGGUUGAAUUAUCUCAACAACUUGAACAAUGGCAGAUGGAUAUGCAGGAAUUAAUAGAUGAACAAAUGAAAAAUAAACUACUUUCAAGCAGAAAAGCAAAACAACAACAACAACCAUCAACAGAGUCUAUUACUUUAGCCAAGAAAUUUUCCUCGUACAAGCUUUGGAGCCUAUUUCAACGGUAACUUCAGUAAAAGCGACUUAUUGCAUUUAAAAUUAUUAUAAAAAAAGUAAACUUGAACCACAAAUAGCUUUCUUUUUGUAUCUGAUAUUUUUUAUUAUUAUUUUUUUUUUUGUAUCAAGAGCAAAAUCUGUAUCUCUUUUAAAAUGAAUUUUAUUAAGAUUUUAAUUAAUAUUUAAAAAAAAAAAACAAAAAAAUUGUAUGUAGUAUGAAUAUAGUUAUUAUUUAUGACAAAAUUAAAAAAAAAAUGUGUGUAGUUGUAUAAAUCUUUCACAACUUGCCUUAUUAAAAAAAAAACAAAAGAGAUCAAUAUAUUUAAUUGUAAAACAAUUUAAAAUUGAAUAAAUAAAUGUUUAACAUCGAAAACUCA